UGCUUCCUCUUGGCCCAUCUCACUUCCUUAAACACCACUGAAGAGCAUUGCUUAUCUCGAUGGAACUUGGGUAGCCCUGCAGGGGCAGGGGAACUAAGAGCAGCUGCACUUUCGCAUUCUGCCACAGAGAACUGUCCUCCCCAGACUUCUGCAAGCUUGGAGAUGUGUGGCCUGUGUCAGCCUGUGGUGGAAUCUCUCUAAGGAGACUAGGUGACACCAGAGAAGAGAGAGAAUGGGUGAGUUGUGAGUUCUGGAUGGUGGCUGCUACACCUGGACCUCUGGAAGGAUGUGUGGCAAGAGCUAGGUGGACUGGCCCACACGGAUCUUGUUGGAACACUACUCACCUGGGAGGCUCCUCUUGGAAAACAAGAUGCCUGUCAACAGCACUGCUGUGCUCUUGGCCAGCGUUACCUAUAUCACUGUGGAGAUUCUCAUCGGGCUCUGCGCCAUAGUGGGCAAUGUGCUGGUCAUCUGGGUGGUCAAACUGAACCCUAGCCUGCAGACCACCACCUUCUAUUUCAUUGUCUCCCUAGCCCUGGCUGACAUUGCUGUUGGCGUGCUGGUUAUGCCUUUGGCCAUUGUCAUCAGCCUGGGCGUCACGAUCCACUUUUAUAGCUGCCUUCUCAUGACCUGCUUGCUGAUGAUCUUCACCCACGCAUCCAUCAUGUCCUUGCUAGCCAUUGCUGUGGACCGAUACCUGCGGGUCAAGCUCACAGUCAGAUCCAGGAUUCCUAAGGCCCCUGGGUCCAUCUGGUCAUCCCAGUUGAAGAUUCACUUCUUUCCAGUCAUGAGGCUCUUCAUUCUGCUCUCUUUGACUGUCUUUUCAGAUGCCAUGGUCAUGGACGAGAAGGUCAAGGAAAGCUUUGUGCUGGACACAGCUUCCGCCAUCUGCAACUACAGCACCCACUAUAAGCACCACCCCAAGUACUGGUGCCGAGGCUAUUUCCGGGACUACUGCAACAUCAUUGCCUUCACACCCAACAGCACCGACCGCGUGGCCCUGAGGGACACAGGAAACCAGCUCAUUGUCACUGUGUCUUGCCUGACCAAGGAGGAUACUGGCUGGUACUGGUGUGGUGUCCAGCGUGACUUUGCCAGAGAUGACAUGGACUUUACAGAGCUGGUUGUGACCGAUGACAGAAGAGCCAUCACCAACAGUUUCUGGUCCGGGCAAGACCUUUCGGGCAACAAGAACAGAAGCUGCAGGGCUUCCAAGGUUGUCCACAAGGCAGAUCACUCCAGGAUGUCCAUUCUCAUCAUUUGCAUACUGAUCACGGGCUUAGGGCUCAUCUCCAUAUUCAGUCGUUUGUCCAGAAGGAGGAGAAACCAAAGAAACAGAAGGGGUAAAGGCCUAACGAGAAGCCAGAAAACCAGCCAAACUUCUGUGAGCCCCACACCGCUGAAGCCACAGAAAUACCUUGGGCAAUGGAGAGACUGUGGGCAUAACUCUAAAACAGACUCCAACCUCCUCUGGGUAUGGAAAUGUAGAAAACAACAUUUUAGAGAAUGAGAGAACAAACGAACCAGAAACAUCUGCUAAUGAAACACAAGAGUCUACAGCCAGGCCAAUCUGAAACCCAAAGUUUGGUGGCAAUUUGGCUCUGGGGCCAGAGCAGAAGCCCUAAGAACUCAAAGCAGUGGCUCCCAUGGCAUUCCUGGAUUUUGCCGUCUAAGAGCUGUGGAGGUGUGGGGUGCAGACAAAGAAACAUCUUGCUUGGUUUUCCCAAGACCACACCCUUUGGGGGGGCUUCCCAGGGGUCUCAGACAGUAAAGAAUCCACCUGCAAGGCAGAAGACCUGGGUUUUAAUCCCUGGAUUGGGAAGAUCCCCUGGAGAAGGAAAUGGCUACCCACUCCAGUAUUCUUCCUGGAGAAUCCCAUGGGCGGAGGAGCCUGGGGCUACAGUACAGUUCAGUUCAGUUGCUCUGCUGAGUCUGACUCUCUGCGACCCCAUGGACUACAGCACACCAGGCCUCCCUGUCCAUCACCAACUCCCAGAAUUUACUCAAACUCAUGUCCACUGAGUCAGUGGUGCCAUCCAACCAUCUCAUCCUCUGUCGUCCCCUUCUCCUCCCACCUUCAAUCUUUCCCAGCAUCAGGAUCUUUUCCAAUGAGUCAGUUCUUCGCAUCAGGUGGCCAAAGUAUUGGAGUUGGGCUACAGUCCAUGGGGUGGAAAAGAGCUGGAUAUAACCGAGUGACUAAGCACACAACACUCCCUGUGGGACACAAUUGGAGCCUAGGUUUUUGCCAAAACCAUCUUCACUUCUUUAAGGCAUGACCUAGGGCAACUUAUUGCCUGUUUACUUCCGUAUAAGCUGAGGACCCCAUACUCCCCAGGAUUUUUUAUUCAUUCACUCAUUCAUUCAUUCAACAAACAAUGACCAUACCAGAUUCUGGAAUACACAGCUGAGUCAAAGAAAUAGCAUGUGUCUUCAUGGAGCUUAUAAUGUAGAAUGGGAGGUAGGCAAACCAUCUCAGACACAUGCUCACACACACACACAUGUGAAAUUGUCAACUAUAAGUACUCUAAAGGAGAGAUGCAUGGUGCUGUGAAAGUUGAGGCAACGGAACCCAACCCUAAAUCUUAUCCAGCAGGGCAUUGUACAGUCUGGUUUAGCCGCAGCCAGCUUCCCACACUCAGGCAAUGGGAACAUGCAGCCUGAAUCAGGGUCCCUUCUGGGCUCUGAAGGAGGUCAGCUGCAUUCGUGUCACCAGAGCUUGGUGAGAGUUGAACGCAGGCCCCAUGCACCAAGCUUUGCUGCUAAUUGGCUGAUAACCUUUAAAUCAUGACAUCUGAUUUUCUCUCUGAAAACAAACUUUGGUGUUGGGCCCCUGUGAAGCCCUUAUGACAGAGUUUGCCAUUUUUGCUGCAGAAACACCCAGCAGAGGUAGGCAAUAAAUCUCAAUUCAAUUCUCCUUUUCUAUUUCUAACAAAGUAGACAACUCUUUGAAGUCCCUUCCACGUGUCCUGACUCCAAAGGCAAUGGCUCAUACUGAACAGAUGGGGCUGAAGAUUUCUUUUAUUAAGCUCAUAAAUAAAAUGAUGCUACAAUAGAAUCACCAUGACAGCUGGCCCACGACUUGGGGACGGAUUCUGAUCUCAGGUGUUCUGAAGGCCCCUCAACCUCGCCAACGACCAUUUGCAGAUAGGGAAGAACAGAGGCAGUCAGAGGGUUGCUUGGCCACUCCUGAGCAAGGCCACAGUCAGAUAACAUCUCAAGAUCUUAGUUCUCACGCAAUCAGCUAGUCAAAAGUGAAGAAGAGGGCCAAAUCUCGAUCAGGGGGCCAGGAGAUCACUUCUGCUGUAUUCCUUAGCCAAUAAAUUUCUGACCCAGUGUUGAAUGAACUUCAAGGUAUAACUAACUUCUCUCAGGAUAUCACUGGGAAAGUAUUUCUAGAAAAGUUUGUUUUAAAGUAUAAUAUUCCAGUUUACUUCUGAAUUAGUAUUCCAUGCUGUUCUACCCAAAGAAGCGGGGAGAGGCUACAUCAGAGGUUCUCAGAAUCUCUUGGCUCAAAAACUGGGAAACUGCCACCAGUUUGGGAAACUAUGGGAAACUGCCACCAGGCUGAAUGGACACUGCCUCUCAUCAGUAAGAAACCAAAGUGUGAUAAGUUAAGAGAAAUAUUGAUUCACAUCAGGAAACAAAUCGAGAUGAGGGCAUCAGUAGUUGUGGGUGCAAGCGAGGUGAUACUGUCACGAAUGCCAGGAUUCCCUACACUCUUAGCUUCCACCUGCACGUCUGCACCUCUCUCCCCCUAAAGUGUGUCUCCUGCAUUUCAGACCCUGGAAUCUCCCACACUGCUUCUGCUGCCCUCAUAAAAACCCUGCUCUUCCAGUCCCUCCUGAGAGGGUUUUGGCCAGUCUCCAUGCUCAGGAGACUCAGUGGCGUGAGUCUGGGCAGGCCUGGGAUAGGGGGGUUCUAUACACAUCUGCACGUUUAGGUCCAGGCUCUCACAGAGUCUUUUAGGAACACAGUUCCUUCAGCCCUAAGCUCUCUCUGCAUAGCUAGGGAACCCAAAGCUACUCAACAAUCAGGCUGAUGGGAAGAGCAGGGAGGGGGACCCCACUCCUACCAUCCUCUGUAUGCCCACUCAGCCAGACCCCUUGUUUCCCCAGUCCCAGAUCAAACAUCAAAAGUGCUGUGUUUUCCCUCAGCCACUAAACAAUCCUAAUCCUUCUCCUGUGGCCAUGAGUUGAAUUUGUACAAAGAAGCCACUAGCCCACCUGUUUUGCAAACAGCAAUCCCUCCUUGGCUGGGUGGUUUAGGACAUUCUGCUACACAAGGCAAGAGAGCAGACAUCAAUUUUCCACGACAGAUGAAGACAUCCACAGACAUCUUGGAAGAUGCACACUUACUU